GCCGGUAGCUCUAAUCCGGGUGAACACAAGUGGGCUGACAAGCGGGCCCCGCCGCCUGCACCCUUGUCUCCUACUCACAUCCAGUCGCGAGUAUGCUGUACGCACGAGCCAAAUAGGCCAGCCUCUGGGUCUGUCCGAAAUGGGCUGGUCUGUUGCCUAGCUUGGGCUGGGUGCCAGGCUGUUUUGCGGGCUGGAGCAGAUUGACAGGUUGCUGGGCUGAGUUUUGGACAAGGUGCUGGGCAAUUUUGUGUCCGGUGGAACUGCUCUGAGGCGUUAGCAACGGUGAAGUUGCUCUGAGGUAAAUUCGAUACAACUCUAUAAAGAGCGGAUAGACAGAGUGUUGGAGAGAGAGAGGAGAGAGAGCAGCGAGGAGAAGAAAAUGGGGGGAGGAAUGGAAGCAAACAAGAACAAGUUCAUAGAGGAGUGGGGAUCCGUCAGAGAAAAUCUCGAGUACAACUUCCGCUGGACUCGCCGCAACUUCGCCCUCGUUGGCAUCUUCGGCAUCGCCCUCCCUAUCUUGGUUUACAAGGGCAUUGUCAGAGACUUCCACAUGCAAGAUGAGGAUGCAGGCAGACCAUACAGGAAGUUUCUAUGAGUAAUCAGAGAAUGUUUGACAAUAAUUGUGGGACUAGUCAUAGAAUGUUCCCUACUGAACCGCAAGUAUCCCUCUCCUGGUAGAGGGAAGUGUUUCCUUUUCUUUGUUGAUCUAUGGAACGUAAUGUUAAGAGGUAUGCAUUGCGUUUGGAUUGUAUUUGUCUCUUAAGAAUGCUGCACAAUCAAUGGUAAACUUCUGCCGUUUGUAAUAUUUCCUCCAGUUCGUUUCCUCUCA